AGAAAUAGUUACACACACAGAAUUUUCCAUUAAUCAGAGGAAAAAGUCCUACACAGAUGGUAUAUAGGAUAGAUUACGGCUAGUAAUCCUUUUGUGUCCUAGAAGAUUAAGGAUAUCCUGGUGUAGCUGCAGUCAGCUGACCUUUUUUUAUUUAAAUGACUGAAAAUUCUUGAUGCAAUUCUGCAGAGGACCCAGUCUCUUCCAGAAGCCAUGAAUAGUGCACUGUGAAUGUUUGUUAAAGGAACGGUCUGUUUAAGUCCAGCCCCAGUUAUAAAUUUACAGGAAUUUAACUUUGUGCCAUGUAAACAGCAGCAGCUACAAGAUGGCUAAGAAAUCACUUGCUAGACGGCUCUAUCAAAUCUAACAGAGGUGCAAGAGAGCUGGAUUUUGUGAGGUGGUGCAGUGAGUGUCAUGUGAAGAAACGGAGGAUUUCUGAGUCCUGCUGUCUGGGUUGCCCCAGAAAGCGAAGAUGAAUGCUUCGGUGGAAGAAGAGGGUGGCUGCACACUCUGAAUUUUCUGGCAUGGAUCUGUAUGAGGAUUACAAAUCACCCUUCGAUUUCAAUGCUGGAGUGAACAGAAAUUAUCUUUACCUGUCGCCUAGCAUAAACCUUUCUCCACCUGGAUCACCAACACUGGCAAAAUCUGGGCUGCUGAGAAGUGACUCCAUACCUGAGGUUGGAGAGGAUGCUGCUGCUAUGGUUGGUAUGGCAGAAACACUCUCAGAAGAAGAACAGGAUGAGCUAAGAAAAGAGCUUGCUAAGGUGGAAGAGGAAAUCCAGACGCUCUCACAAGUGCUAGCUGCCAAAGAGAAGCAUCUAGCAGAAAUCAAGAGAAAGCUGGGAAUUAACUCAUUACAGGAACUAAAGCAGAACAUUACCAAAAGCUGGCAAGAUGUUACAUCAACCACAGCAUACAAGAAAACAUCAGAAACUCUGUCUCAGGCUGGUCAGAAGGCUUCUGCUGCUUUUUCAUCUGUUGGUUCAGUCAUAACCAAGAAGUUUGAAGAUGUCAGACUACAGGCAUUUUCACAUUCCUUUAGUAUACGCUCCAUACAACAUUCAAUUAGCAUGCCUAUUAUGAGAAAUUCUCCUACUUUCAAAUCCUUUGAGGAAAAAGUUGAAAACUUAAAGAGCAUGGCAGGGGUAGCCCAGUCCUGGAAAAGCUGCUCUACUGAAAAGAGUUAUUGAACUUGUUCAGGCAGAGUUUAAAGUUGGAGGAAGCAAACACGCUGGGGGAGACUUCGGAGAAGUUCUCAACUCUGCUGCCAACGCCAGUGCCACAGAAACUAUUGCAGAACAGACACAGGAGGAGACCCACUGAGAUUCCUGCCACUGUCCUGCUACCUACUGCCAGAUGCUGCAAGCAAAAACUAAGCACACCUGUAACAUUCUUUGCGCUCUUUCAACCAGAUGUGCUUUUAUUUAGCAUGUAGCUGUUUUACUGGAUUAACUGAUACCAAGCUUGUUUGUGGGUUCAAAAUAUUUUUGAAACUAAAAUACAUUGUUUGGGGUUUUGUGUGGGAAGGGGAAUUUUUAUGCCUUUCAAGCAUUUGAAGGACUUAUCUAUAAUUUGAAGGCAACCUUUAAAAUAUAGCAAUGAAAAACUCUUUUGAGAAGUUAAUUAUACUGUACAUAUACUGUGGAUACGUAAUUCCUUUUGAAUCUGUAACUACUGCUCAAUUUAAUCAUUAUGAAUCUACUGCUGCUGCCAAACUGAAGCUUGUUCCUUCACUCCCUUGUGAUUAUUUUGGUUAAGUGUUGCCUGCACAGGACACUGGCCUAGAAGGAUCACUCCCAGCUAAAGGACGGACUUCUGCUCUAGCAGGCUUUAAGCAAGUUUUUCAUAGCAGGAUUUACAUGUGGGUAGGAACGUACUGUCUUGUGAGCAUGUUCCUCAUGCAACAGAAGCAGAUACAGUUAUAGGUAAUAUCUAAAAUUCAUUGAUCUGUCUGUGGAUUAUUAACCUAGGAAACUUAUGACCAUUGCAAACAGAAGGAAGAUGCCUCGUAGUGCUGGUGUGGUUCAGUUACGGUAACAUUUUCAGUCUUGUUUUUUGUCCAUGAUGUUAAUGUGGUAAGAUACACUCUUCUGAACUUUUGAUCAGUCGUGAGUAGAUUCAUCUUAAUUCACCUAUCAUGGUGUCAUAUUUACACUAACAAAGCAUGGACUAUAAGAAUAAGCCUGGGCACAAAAGUGCUUCUUCUAUUUGGCAUCGAGAGAAUUGCUCUCAGAGGCUCAUGUUGUUUCCUUUGUAGGCUGACCACUGAAAACAUCUGCUACACCUUCUUUUAUUUUUCCGUGUUAAAGGCCUGUACUACUAGCAGCCCUGUCUGUGUUUAAUACCCCAGAAAUCUCCUUCGAGAGGUGCACCAUGUCAUACUCUUACAGGAUCUGUUCUACAUGUUGCUUUAUCUGAUGUUCUCUUAAAGUUUCUUGUAUUUCAUAUGUUUCUGGCACGUGGUGUCAGUAAGGUUAGAACUCCUGGCAAGUGUUUUAUCACCCUGCUUAGAACUGGAAACAAGUUUUGAAACAUUUGUGUGAAAUCCGUGAGACCUCCAACUACCACCAAAAGCUGGCUCCUGACAACCUGUUUAGCAUGUCAGAUGUAGUAUAUAUGCUUAAUUACAUGUGAGAAGCUUAAUAAAAACCUGUAUGUGAGGAA